GCGCCGCCUCGGCGCCUGCCUCUCCAGCCCCGGAAACCGCGCUCCCUCGCCUUCUGGUUGGUGUCCUGUCACCAUGGCGCUGGCAGUUUUGCGGGUCCUGGAGCCCUUCCCGACCGAGACCCCCCCGUUGGCGGUGCUGCUGCCGCCCGGGGGCCCGUGGCCUGCAGCGGGGCUGGGCUUGGUGCUGGCCCUGCGGCCUGCAGGGGAGAGCCCGGCCGGGCCGGCGCUGCUCGUGGCGGCCCUGGAGGGGCCGGGCGCGGAGACCGAAGAGCAGGGGCCCGGGCCCCCACAGCUGCUGGUCAGCCGCGCGCUGCUGCGGCUCCUGGCCCUGGGCUCCGGGGCGUGGGUGCGGGCGCGGCCCGUGCGGCGGCCCCCGGCGCUGGCCUGGGCGCUGCUUGGCACCUCGCCGGGGCCCGGGCUCGGACCGCGAGUCGGGCCGCUGCUGGUGAGGCGCGGAGAGGUCCUGCCAGUGCCCGGACCGCGGGUGCUGGAGACGCGGCCGGCGUUGCAGGGGCUGCUGGGCCCAGCGACGCGGCUUGCUGUGACUGAGCUCCGUGAGCGGGCCAAACUGGGUCCGGAGCCUGGGGACAGCAGCCGGCCCCCACCCCCGCCCGUGGUGUCCUCCUUCGCGGUUUCCAGCACAGUCCGGCGACUCCGGGGAGUCCUGGGAGGGACUGGAGAUUCACUGGGGGUGAGCCGGAGCUGUCUCCGUAGCCUCGGCCUCUUCCAGGGCGAAUGGGUGUGGGUGACCCGGGCCGGAGAGUCAUCGAACGCUUCCCAGCCACACUUGGCCACGGUGCAGGUCCUAGAGCCUCGCUGGGACCUCUCUGAAAGGCUGGGACCCGGCUCUGGGCAGCAGCUGGGAGAGCCCCUAGCCGACGGACUGGCCCUCGUGCCUGCCACUUUGGCUUUUAAUCUCGGCUGUGAUCCCCUGGAAGUGGGAGAGCUCAGAAUUCAGAGGUACUUGGAAGGUUCCAGCGCCCCUGAAGACAAAGGAAGCUGCUCAGUGCUGCCUGGGCCUCCAUUUGCCAAAGAGUUACACGUCGAAAUUGUGUCCUCUCCCCACUACAGCAGUAAUGGAAAUUAUGACCACGUUCUUUACCGACACUUUCAGACACCCAGGGCAGUCCAGGAAGGGGAUGUUCUGUGUGUGCCAACAGUUGGGCAAGUGGAGAUCCUGGAAGGAAGCCCAGAGAAACUGCCCAGGUGGCGGGAGAUGUUUUUUAAAGUGAAGAAAACAGUUGGGGACGCUCCGGAUGGGCCAACCAGUGCCUACUUGGCCAACACCACUCAUACCUCCUUGUACUUGGUGGGUUCUACCCUGAGCCGUGUUCCAAGGCUCCCUUCAGAAGAAUCCACUCCCUGGAGCAGCUUGUCUCCUCCAGGCCUGGAGGCCUUGGUGACUGAACUCUGUGUUGCCCUGAAGCCUCGCCUCCAGCCAGGGUGUGCCCUGCUGACAGGAACUAGCAGUGUCCUUCUACGGGGCCCCCCUGGCAGUGGGAAGACCACAGCAGUUGCUGCAGCCUGCGGCCGCCUCGGACUCCACUUACUGAAGGUGCCCUGCUCCAGCCUCUGUGCAGAUAGCAGUGGGGCUGUGGAGAUGAAACUGCAGGCCACCUUCUCCCGGGCCCGGUGCUGCCGGCCAGUGGUUCUGUUGCUGACAGCCGUGGACCUUCUGGGCCGGGACCGUGAUGGGCUAGGUGAGGACGCCCGUGUGGUGGCCACGCUGCGUCACCUCCUCCUCGAUGAGGAUCCCCUUACCAGCUGCCCUCCUCUCAUGGUUGUGGCCACCACGAGCCGGGCUCAGGAUCUGCCUGCUGAUGUGCAGACAGCGUUUCUUCAUGAGCUGGAGGUGCCUGUGCUGUCAGAGGGGCAGCGGCUCAGCAUCCUGCGGGCCCUCACUGCCCACCUCCCCCUGGGCCAAGAGGUGAACCUGGCACAGCUGGCACGGCGGUGUGCUGGCUUUGUGGUGGGGGAUCUCUAUGCCCUUUUGACCCACAGCAGCCGGGCAGCCUGCACCAGGAUCAAGAACUUGGGUUUAGCAGGGGGCUGGAGUGAGGAGGAUGAAGGGGAGCUGUGUGCUGCUGGUUUUCCUCUCCUGGCUGAGGACUUCGGGCAGGCGCUGGAGCAGCUGCAGGCAGCUCACUCCCAGGCCAUCGGAGCCCCCAAGAUCCCCUCAGUGUCUUGGCACGAUGUGGGUGGGCUGCAAGAGGUGAAGAAGGAGAUUCUGGAGACCAUUCAGCUCCCUCUAGAGCACCCUGAGCUGCUGAGCCUGGGCCUGAGGCGCUCGGGCCUUCUGCUCUACGGGCCUCCUGGCACUGGGAAGACCCUUCUGGCCAAGGCAGUAGCCACUGAGUGCAGCCUUACCUUCCUCAGCGUGAAGGGGCCCGAGCUCAUCAACAUGUAUGUGGGCCAAAGUGAGGAGAAUGUGCGGGAAGUGUUUGCCAGGGCCAGGGCUGCGGCUCCAUGCAUUAUCUUCUUUGAUGAACUGGACUCCUUGGCGCCAAGCCGGGGGCGAAGUGGAGACUCUGGAGGUGUGAUGGACAGGGUGGUGUCUCAGCUCCUGGCCGAGCUAGAUGGGCUUCACAGCACUCAGGAUGUAUUUGUUAUCGGAGCCACCAACAGACCAGACCUCCUGGACCCUGCCCUUCUACGGCCUGGCAGGUUUGACAAGCUGGUGUUUGUGGGGGUGAGUGAGGACCGGGCCUCCCAGCUCCGUGUUCUGAGUGCCAUCACACGCAAAUUCAAGCUAGAGCCCUCUGUGAGCCUGGUGAAUGUGCUGGAUCGCUGUCCUCCCCAGCUGACAGGUGCAGACCUCUACUCCCUCUGCUCUGAUGCCAUGACAGCCGCCCUCAAACGCAGGGUUCGGGACCUGGAGGAAGGACUGGAGCCCGGGAGCUCCACCCUGCUGCUUACCAUGGAGGACCUGCUGCAGGCCGCUGCCCGGCUGCAGCCCUCAGUCAGCGAGCAGGAACUGCUCCGGUACAAGCGCAUCCAGCGCAAGUUUGCUGCCUGCUAGGAGCCGUCUGCAGUCUGGGGCCCCGCCCACAAUGGCUAAAGGUACCUAGGGAUCCCCACAGAGACCUGAAAGAGCAAAGAGCUCUUUCUCAGGCUGCUGCUGGCCCACCUGAAGGCUGCCUCCCUCCAGGAGAUCCCCUGGGUGCUGAAGGGCAUCAGGAGCCCUGCAGGAGCUCACAGGCACUCGCUGCGCCCCUGUGUGUCCUUCCAGGCCAGGCCUGAGACCAGGACCCCUCUGCUUGGGAGAGCGGUGGGGCUUGGAGUGUGGGGAUUGGGCCCAGGGAGGCGGUUCUGUGACUGAAAAUAAAGUGUAUGCUGCCCCCUG